AUGGAGAAGCAUGGCUUCCGGCGCCGCGUCAUGGAAUAUGCAUUUUCGGAUUCUGCUCUAAGAUCUUCUGAAGACUUCAUCAUUGAAAAUGUCCAAAUAUUUUGUGAGGAACUAAGCAAUACUGCGGCAACGCCUAGCAAAUGGGGGACACCUCAGGAUAUGAAUAGCUGGAGUACAUACCUGAACUACGAUAUCAUGGGAGACUUGACCUUCAGUACCAAGUUUAACUGCAUGAGGAGUGAGGAGCAUCGAUAUGUCCCAGCUAUAAUGAUUACUGGAACCGAAUUCCUUUACAACUUCGGUUACUUGCCAUUUGUGAGGUUUGUUCGCCCUCUUCUUGGUAGCAAGUUACUGGAGAUUCUCGGAGGAAAGUUGGCUCGUGACGGGAAACGUUAUGUGGAAUAUGCCGCCCGCCAGAUGGUCCUACGUCUUGAAGACACUGAAAAGAACGACGCCGAUUUUCCCAGGAAGGACCUUAUGCAUUACCUCAUUAACGCAGAAGACCCUCAGACAGGCCAGGGGCUAUCUCCUACCGAACUCGCCGCGGAGAGUAGCCUUCUCAUGGCAGCCGGGUCUGACACAACAUCAACGGCUCUCUCUGGAACAUUCUUCUAUCUCCUUCAUUCCCCAGAGUGUUUAGAGAAGGCAACAAUUGAAGUACGGUCCAUGUUCAAUUCUAUUGAGGAAAUUCGUGGUGGCAGCUCGCUUGGUAGUCUUGUCUACCUGCGUGCGUGCAUUGAUGAGACCCUGAGACUCAGCCCUCCAGUAACAACCAACUUGAUGGUAGAGGUGCUACCAGGAGGUCUCGCCGUUGAUGGAAAUCAUUUCCCGGAGGGGACGACACUUGGAGUUUCCCCAUAUGUUGUCCAUCAUAAUGCGCAGUAUUACCCUGAUCCUUACGUGUAUCGACCGGAGCGAUGGAUUUCUCGCGAUAAACACUGCUCUGUGUUAACCGACGAUCAGAAGAGCACAGUUGAAAGUGUCGCUAAUGCCCGAUCUGCAUUCUUUGCAUUCAGUGCUGGACCCCAUGGCUGUCUUGGGAAGAAUUUGGCUUACCUUGAGCUCAUAAUUACUCUCGCCAUGCUGCUAUUCAAAUUUGAUAUCCGAAUCCCCCAAGACAAGGAACUCAGAGAGCCUAGUGGAGAGGGGAUGUCUGGCAACAAACACCCCGGUCGACGCAGGCGCGAUGAGUACCAGCUUGUAGAACAUUUUAUACCCAUAAAGAAGGGGCCGAUGGUCCAGUUUAGAGAUGCAAGAUGGGAGCUUAUCGACUAG